UUUCGGCGGGCAGCAGUUUCACCCCGCCCAGAGGGGACAGGGGGCGCCCUCCUUCAGCCCCACUUUCCUUCUUAUCCUACAAUCGUGCCCCGCAACCUUCUGCCGCGCGCUCUCGCCGACCCGCCUGCACCCAGCCCGCAGUACCGCGCCUGUCAUGGCACCAGUUUCUCUUCCCCGAGCUGCUCAGAGGAAGGGAGGUUGAAGACCACGUUCGGCCCUCUUCCCCUUCUCCCUCUCAUGUCCAUCCUCAAAGGAGCCCUGGACCCCAAUUGCACACUCCCACUGGAAGAAGCUAAUGGAAGGGCCUCAGAGGAGCAGAUAUGGAACCAUGGCUGAAGGUGGAAUAGAACAUCAGGGCUUUGAACCUUCCUCCUCGUUGAGGAUCAUCCUGGUAGGGAAAACAGGCAGUGGGAGAAGUGCCACUGGGAACAGCAUCCUCUGCCAGCCGGUGUUUGAGUCCAAGCUGGGGGCCCAGUCGGUGACCAGGAAGUGUCAGAGGGCAACAGGCAUGUGGAAUGGGAGGAGCAUCCUGGUGGUGGACACGCCCCCCAUCUUCGAGGCCGGGGCCCAGGAUCAAGAGGUGUAUGAGAAUAUCAGAGCCUGUUACCUGCUGUCGGUGCCAGGGCCCCACGUGCUGCUGCUGGUGACCCAGCUGGGGCGCUUCACCGAGCAGGACGCAGUGGCCGUGACCAGGGUGAAGGAGGUCUUUGGGGUAGGAGCCGAGAGAUACAUGGUCAUCCUCUUCACUCACAAGGAGGACUUGGCGGGCGGAUCCUUGGAUGAGUACGUGGCAAACACAGACAACCUCAGGCUGAGGAGCCUGGUCCGGGAGGUCGGGAGGAGAUACUGUGCCUUCAACAACUGGGCCUCCGGGGAUGAGCAGAGAGAGCAGCUGACCCAGCUGAUGGCCGUGAUCGAGGGGCUGGAGUGGGAGCACCAGGGCGCCUUCCUCACCAAUGAGCUCUUCUUUGAUGCACAGAUUCUCUGGCAGAUGGGGGGUGGCGCCCAUGGAGAAGGUCAGAGGCGCUACCUGGACAAGGUAUGGCUGCAGGUUGCAAAGCAAAAGCAAGACCUGAAAGAGGCUGAGAGAAACUGUUCCUUCAAGGCGCUCCUCCAACUCAAAGCCUGGAUUGUUUCUCAUGUCAAAAUAUUUGUUCUUCUUGUCCUGUGCCUUUUGAUUUUUCUUGCCAUUGUAAUUCUUUUGUGUAGUACCCAUCAAGGCUGAGCAUUUUCAGAUGA